CACAACUACACCACCAUGCCUGAACCACUAAGGUGCACAGGGAGCAUUUUCUCCCGUGAACUGCGCUUUGCACGUGCAAUGAUUUUUGCCAUCGAGGAGAUUAACAACAGCACAGAGCUGCUUCCUGGCAUCAAGCUCGGUUAUCAGAUCUAUGACUCGUGUGCGUCAGUGCCUGUGGCUGUGCAUGUGGCAUUCCAGGUUUCAAGCAGCCUGGACACAGUGUUUUACCCCCGUGACAAUUGCUCACACUCUGGUAUGGUGAUGGGUGUCGUUGCUGAGUCUGGGUCCACGCCAUCCAUCAGCAUCUCCCGCAUCAUUGGGUCCUUUAACAUUCCUCAAGUGAGCCACUUUGCCACUUGUGCAUGUCUGUCAGAUAAGCAGCAGUACCCAACUUUCUCCAGGACAAUCCCUAGUGACCAGUUUCAGGCUGACGCUCUGGCCAAGUUGGUAAAACACUUUGGCUGGACAUGGAUAGGUGCUGUCAGGUCAGAUUCAGACUAUGGCAAUAAUGGCAUGGCGUCUUUCCUGGACGCAGCACACAAAGAGGGAAUCUGUGUGGAAUACUCUGAAUCUUUCUAUCGGACCCACCCACGCAGCAGGAUCCAGAGAGUGGCUGAUGUUAUCCGCAGGUCGACAGCUAUGGUUGUUGUGGCAUUUACAGCCCCUGGAGACCUGAAGAUUCUGCUGGAGGAGCUGUCACUCAAGCCUUCUCCACCUCGCCAGUGGAUAGGCAGUGAGGCCUGGGUAACCGACCAAGACAUGCUGAGGUUCAGCUUCUGUGCUGGAGCCAUUGGAUUUGCCAUUGAGAAAUCUGUCAUCCCAGGUCUGAGAGACUUCCUGCUGGAUCUCUCUCCCUCUAAAGUUGCUGCCUCUCCGGUGCUUACUGAGUUCUGGGAGGAUACAUUCAACUGCAGGCUGAGAAAAAGUGCAGCCACAGAUAAAAGUGUAUGUGUUGGAAUUGAUGACAUACAUAUGAUCCAUAUCCCGUACACUGACACAUCUCAGCUCCGAAUCACUAACAUGGUGUACAAGGCUGUUUAUGCAAUAGCUCAUGCCAUUCAUAAUGCAGUGUGUAAUGGUUAUGAUGUAUCAUUUGAUGCCAACGGGGAUCCUGUGGCCAAAUACGAGCUGGUUAACUGGCAAAAAAGUGAGAGUGGCAGCAUUGAGUUGGUGACAGUAGGACACUAUGAUGCAUCACUGCCAGCGGGCCAGGAGUUCAGUAUCAACAGGAAGCUCACCUGGGUGGAAGGUGGCACACAAGUGCCUGUGUCAGUGUGCACUGACAGCUGUCCUCCAGGAACUCGUAAAGUGCUGCAGAAAGGAAAACCCAUCUGCUGUUAUGAUUGUAAACCCUGUCCUGAAGGAGAGAUAAGCAAUGUUACAGAUUCCCCUGAUUGUUUCCCUUGCCCCAAGGAGUUCUGGCCUAAUGCAGUGAGAGACACUUGUCUCCCCAAGCCUGUAGAGUUUCUUUCCUUCAGCGAGGUCCUAGGAAUCAUCCUGGCUGCAUUCUCAGUUGGUGGCGCCUGUCUUACCGUUAUAACAACAGCUGUAUUCUAUCAUCACAGGAAAUCCCCCAUUGUCAGGGCCAACAACUCUGAGCUGAGCUUCCUGCUGCUCUUCUCUCUGACUCUAUGUUUCUUAUGUCCAUUAACGUUCAUUGGACCACCCUCUGAGUGGUCCUGCAUGCUGCGCCACACAGCAUUUGGGAUCACCUUUGUCCUCUGUAUGUCUUGUGUUCUUGGAAAAACAAUUGUAGUGUUAAUGGCCUUCAAAGCUACACUCCCAGGCAGUAAUGUGAUGAAAUGGUUUGGUCCUCCACAGCAAAGAAUGACUGUGGUAUUCUUCACAUUCAUUCAAGUUUUAAUAUGUACAAUAUGGUUGGUUCUUAGUCCCCCUUUUCCAAUGAAAAACCUCACCACAUAUAAGAAGAGAAUUAUUCUGGAGUGUGCAUUAGGCUCAGCUAUAGGGUUCUGGGCUGUGCUUGGAUACAUAGGCCUACUGGCUGUCUUUUGCUUUGUGUUAGCUGUCCUAGCCCGGAAACUACCUGACAAUUUUAAUGAAGCCAAACUUAUCACCUUCAGCAUGUUGAUAUUCUGUGCAGUCUGGAUCACCUUUAUCCCAGCAUAUGUCAGCUCUCCUGGGAAAUUUACUGUGGCUGUGGAGAUAUUUGCUAUUCUGGCCUCCAGUUUUGGACUAAUACUGUGUAUAUUUGCUCCAAAGUGUUUCAUCAUAUUGUUUAAGCCAGAAAAGAACACCAAGAAACAUUUGAUGAAAAACAAUCAGUCAUAA